AUGUCAGACCCUGCAAAAUACAUCGUGGGCUGGAUAUGCGCCAUAGCGACUGAAUACGUUGCCGCACAAGAAUUUCUUGAUGAAGAGCACGACGGACCAACUUUUGUUUCGUCAAAUGAUCCAAACGACUAUACCCUUGGUAGAAUUGGAGAGCACAACGUCGUGAUUGCCGUCUUACCGGAUGGUGAGUAUGGAACAGCGUCCGCGGCAAGCGUAGCGACGAACAUGUUGAACAGCUUCCCGAACGUCAGAAUUGGCCUCAUGGUCGGCAUUGGUGGCGGUGUGCCAAGUGAGAAGCAUGACAUUCGCCUAGGCGACGUUGUGGUCAGUGCGCCUCGCAAUGGUGAAGGUGGUGUGUUCCAAUAUGAUUUUGGCAAGUCGAUACAAGGCGAAAGAUUUCAGUAUACGCGGUUCUUAAACCAGCCCCCAACGUCAUUACGCACUGCCAUGACGGGCAUACAGGCGCAGUACAGGAGGAAUGGGCAUCAGCUUAAGGAGGCCAUCAACACCAUACUCGAAAAGAACGCGAGAUUACGCCAAGAAUAUGAACGACCGCAACCAAGCACUGAUAGGCUUUUCAAAGCCCAGAUUGUUCAUGAUCCAAGAGGGUGUGCUGCGUUUUGUGCUAGUGACCCUUCAAAUUUAAUACCGCGACAUGAGCGAACCGAACACGAGGAUAAUCCUGCCAUCCACUAUGGCCUGAUUGCUUCUGCCGAUCAGUUAAUGAAAAACGCUUUGACUCGGGAUCGCCUUGCAGCAGAAAAAGACGUCAUCUGUUUUGAAAUGGAGGCUGCAGGGCUGAUGAACCACUUUCCUUGUUUGGUUAUUCGGGGCAUCUGCGACUACUCAGACUCGCAUAAGAACAAGGGCUGGCAAGGGUAUGCGGCGAUGGUGGCGGCGGCAUACGCUAAAGACCUGUUACAUAGGAUUAUCCCUAAUAGGAUUGAGGCUGAGAAGAGAAUUGGUGAUGUCCUAUCUGGCCUCAAAGGUGUUGCAGAAGCGCAUAAGGCUAUUGCGCAGAAGCAUCUUGAGAUACAGGAAAGCACGAUCGAGCGGAAGUGGCUAGAAAAACAAGAAGAAUGUCUUCAAUCGUUUCGCCUCACCACGGGAACCAAAGACGCCACGUACGAGUGGUAUAAGGAUCAUGUGGGAAUCCGAGUAGAGGGCACCUGCGAGUGGUUCCUUAACCACGAGAAUUUCCAAAAGUGGUUGGAACAAGAUUCAGGCCCAUUACUAGUAUCGGCAGACCCAGGCUGUGGGAAGUCUGUCUUGGCCAAAUAUCUUAUUGAUGAUAAACUGCCACAAUUAGCAACUGUCUGCUACUUCUUCUUCAAAGACCAGGACCAAAACACAGUCCGACAGGCGCUUUGCGCUCUACUUCACCAACUCCUCUCGCAAAAGCCAUCUUUGAUCGAUCAUGCUAUGAAUGAAUUCAGCAAAAAUGGGCAAAAGCUAAUCAAUUCGACAAAUUCGCUCUGGAAGAUCUUCGGAGAAGCUAUAAGAGAUCCCCAGGCUGGACCCAUCAUCAUCGUGCUCGAUGCUCUAGAUGAAUGCAUUGAGGCAGAGCUUGAGGACCUGAUACUUAACGUGGAGCGCCAAUUCCGCAAUAACCAGCUAGGUCGUAGAACUUUGAAGUAUCUCUUAACGAGCCGCCCAUAUGAGCAGAUACUAUCUAAGUUCGGGGGUUUAGUACAUUCUUUCCCUACCAUUCGCAUACCCGGAGAGGAGGAAUCGGAUAGUAUAGGCCAAGAAGUCAACCAUGUGAUCGAAUAUCGAGUCGAAAAGCUAGCGAAAGAGAGAUGUCUCUCAGAGCUAGUUAAAAGUCACCUAGCAAAGAGAUUGCUCGAAGUCCCACAUCGUACAUACCUUUGGGUAUAUCUUGUGUUCAACUACUUGAAGACAGAGAAUUUCAAAAAGACACCCAACGGAAUUGAUUCCACCUUCGAAUCACUGCCCAAAGACAUCAAUGAAACAUACGAGCGGAUUCUGCAAAAAUCAACGGAACAUGCCUUGGUUCGGAGGGCCUUUAGCAUUAUAUUAGCAGCAAGUCGACCCUUAAAGCUCUCUGAAAUGAACGUUGCCUUGAAUGUUGAGAGCACAUCGAAGUCUAUUCACGACCUCGAUCUUGAAGAGAACGCAGACUUUAGGGCACGCCUAAGAACUUGCUGUGGAUUAUUCAUUUCCAUUCACCACGACAAGAUUUAUUUAAUUCAUCAAACUGCUCGAGAAUUCCUGCUUACACAUGCUACUUCAGCUGAAAACGCUCCUUCAGACCAACGUUGGCAGCAAUCCAUCGCCAUCCAGGACGCUCACAAGGUUCUUGCUGGAAUCUGUGUAUUAUACCUGGACUUCCUCAAUAAUGAUAAUGUUGACACAGACGCAUGCAUAGAAAGUGGUCAGAUCUUCGACCAGUACACUUUCUUCGAUUAUUCCGCCAAGAAUUGGGGCACCCAUUACCGCCAGGCUGGUAUUCGCAUUGAUUCCGAUAUUAUACCUUCAACUUUGAGGAUAUGUAACCCAAAUUCAAAGAGCUGGUCAUCCUGGUUCACCCUUUAUUUUGAGACCACGGGCUAUGGAUCCACUAAAAAUUUCACCAGUCUCUUGAUAUCGUCCUAUUUUGGGCUCGAGGCAGUAGUGAUGGCACUUUUCGAGAGGGGCGCUGACUUCGAGUCGGAAGACAAUUAUGGCCGGACGCCGCUGCUAUGGGCUGCACGGAACGGGCACGAGACCAUCGUCAAGCUAUUACUUGAGAAGGGCGCUGAUUUUGAGUCAAAAGAUAAAGAAUAUGGCCUGACGCCGCUGCUAUGGGCUGCAUGGAACGGGCACGAGACCAUCGUCAAGCUAUUACUUGAGAAGGGCGCUGAUUUUGAGUCAAAAGAUAAAGAAUAUGGCCUGACGUCGCUGUUAUGGGCUGCACGGAACGGGCACGAGACCAUCGUUAAGCUGCUACUUGAGAAGGGCGCUGACUUCGAGUCAAAGGAUAAUCUUGGCCGGACGCCGCUAUUAAUUACUGCGGAAAUUGGGCACGAGGCUAUCGUGGAGCUGCUGCUCGAACAGGGCGCUGACUUCGAGUCGAAGGAUAAUCUUGGCCGGACGCCGCUAUUAAUUACUGCGGAAUAUGGGCACGAGGCUAUCGUGGAGCUGCUGCUCGAACAGGGCGCUAAUCUCGAGUCGAAAGAUAAAAAUGGCCGGACAUCGCUGUCAUGGGUUGCACGGAAUGGAAACGAGACUAUCGUUAAGCCGCUACUCGAGCAGGGUGCUGAUUUCGAAUCGAAAGAUAACUAUGGCCAGACGCCGCUGUCUAUUGCUGCGGAGAGCGGGCAAGAAGCCAUCAUGGAGUUGCUGGUCGAAAAGGGCGCUGAUCUUGAGUCAAAAGACAAUUAUGGCCGGUCGCCGCUGUUUAUCGCUGCGAUGAGGGGCCAUACCCAAGUUUUCGAGCUACUCCUUGCCCAUCAAGCCUCGCCCCAUAUCAAAGACCGUUAUGAGUCAACCCCAAUAUUUGCAGCUGUGAGAAAUGGACACGAAGCAAUGGUUAAGCGCUUACUUGAAUAUCAAGAUGGUAUGGACAUUAAAGAUGGUUUUGAUCGAACUCUUUUCUGGUGGGCCCAAAAGAGCGGCAAUGAAAAUAUUGUUCAGCUUCUGCUUGAGUUUUCGCAAAGAGCUGGAUUUUCAAUACCCGAGGCAGAGCUCGAAAUGGAAUAUGACGCGGUGACGUCGAUGAGAUCUUCGAGGUAUUGCGACGCGUGCACCCGAUUCUUUCUACCCCAUGAUUCAUAUUAUAAAUGCACGCUAUGUGACGAUUUUGAUGUAUGCACUGACUGCUAUGAUAUGGCUGGUCGGUGUAUAGACCAUCCCAAUGGGUUGAUGCUCAAAGUGGCCGAUCCUUGA